UGUCAUGUUUUGGAUUAUUUCUGUUCAUAUCAUCUCGUGUCAAACUCCUCCCUCUGACCAUAUUUGGUUCUUCCUCCAGGUGAGGUCACUGGCGGCUCAGUUUGGCCCCGCCCUGCAGGCCCACCUGAGUCUGGCGUUCCAGGACCUGCAGGUGUACAGCCAGCGGAGGACGCUCUGCGGCUCCGAGCAGCAGUCGCUGAACACAGACGAGGCCCCUGGGAGCCCGGAGCACCCCAGGGAGCUGUUCCAGGUCCUCCUGCAGAGUCAGGAGGAGGCGGCGCCGUGCAGGUACCUGCUGCAGGGGGCGCUGGUGCAACGCUGCCCGACGCUGGCUGUGCUGGCCGCCUGUCAUAAGGGGGCGGAGCCUCUGCCGUGUCUCUGUGUGUGGCUGCUGACCUCCGUCGACAAAGUCGCCGCUGGAGAAGCCAUCUCCCACCUGGCUGAAGCCCCGCAGCACCACGAGUGGACGCUGCACGACCUGUCAAUCAUCUGGAGGACGCUGCUGGGGCGGGGCCACGUCAGGCCCCUGCUGAGAGGCUUCCAGCUCUUCCAGAGGGACUGUCCUCUGGUGUUGGUGUUGAGGAUGUUUGAGUUUUGUUGCGACUACAGGAACUUCUCUGAGGCCAAAGCGAAGCUGCUGGACUUCCAGAGGACGCUCAUCGCUCUGAGGAACGGAGGCCCGGCGCCCUCUGGUGGACUCCCGCUGCAGUGGGUGGAGAGUCAGGCCUCCGUGCUGCUCCUCACGAUGCUGCAGCGCUGCUCCUCCCAGUACGACCUCCACCGGCUGCUGCAGCUGCUGGCCGACGUCGACAAACUCCUCAAAUCUAACGGUGAGAUCACAAAACCGCUCAGGAGAAGACACACAUUAUUAACCCUUUAA